AUGGCAGAGGGCAAGAGCGGGGGAGCCGGGCUCUUCGCCAAGCAGGUCCAGAAACGGUUCAGCCGGGCGCAGGAGAAGGUUUUGCAAAAAUUGGGCAAAACGGUGGAAACCAAAGACGAGCAGUUCGAGCAAAGCGCGUACAACUUCCAGCUGCAGCAGAACGAAGGUAAUAAACUCUACAAAGACCUCAAGGCUUUCCUUGGCGCGGUGAAAGUGAUGCACGAGAGCUCCCGGAAAGUGGCCGAAACGCUGCAGGAGAUUUACAGCACCGACUGGGACGGUCAUGAGGAGCUAAAAGCCAUCGCAGACAGCAAUGACCUCCUGUGGGAUGACUACGAGGCGAAGCUGGCCGACCAAGCCCUGCGGUUGAUGGAGAACUACCUGGCUCAGUUCGGGGACUUUAAGGAGCGCAUCGCCAAGCGGGGCCGUAAGCUGGUGGACUACGACAGCGCCCGGCAUCACCUGGAAGCUCUGCAAAGCGCCAAGAAAAAGGACGAGGCGAAAAUCGCCAAGGCUGAGGAAGAGUUUAAUAAAGCCCAAGCGGUGUUUGAAGACCUGAAUAGGGACCUUCGGGAGGAGCUGCCGGUUCUGUAUGGCAGCCGCAUCGCCUGCUACGUGACCAUCUUCCAGAACAUCUCCAACCUCCGCGAUGUCUUCUACAAGGAAAUGAGCAAGCUCAACCGUGACCUCUACGAGGUGAUGAGCAAACUGGACAAGCAGCACUCCAGCAAAGUCUUCAUCAUUAAAGGCGUCCCCAGCAACCGGCGCUCGCUGGUCAUCUCCUCGCCGGUGAGCCCCCCGGCCAUGUUCCCCUGCCCAGGGAAGGCGCCGGACUGGCAGCCCGUGGUGGAAACAGAGGCGAUGGCAAAGUCCCCUGGGGUGGGCAGCGGUGCCACCGACACCGUCUCCAACGGGGAGCUGGGUGCCGCCAUCCCCGGCCCGCCGCCGGCUUCGCCCGCCAGCGGUGGGUCCCUGUCGGAGACGGCGUCGGUCUCCAGUGAGGAGGCCCCAGAGCCCGGCCCCAGCCCCGAAGCUCCGUCCUGCGAGCAGGGGACAUCGGUGGCAGCCGUGGAGCCGGGUGCCGACUCCCCAGGGCUCACCAAAAGCCAGGGUCCGGAGCCGGCAGGGGCUGCCAGCGAGGCGCAGGCGGGGGCCGAGGGCAUCGCCACCUCCCUGGCGUCGCUGAUUUUAUCGGAGGCAAUUGCCCAGGCUGCCGGCACCGUGCCACCGGAGCCAGAAAAUGCCACGGCCGGGCUGGAGGCGAGCAAAGCCCCGGCCACUGCAGGGGACCCUGGCCAGCUGGACGGUACGGCCACCAACGGUGAGGGUCGGGCAUGUCCCGGGGAGCCACCGUCCCCAGGCCCGGCCGUCCCCUGCGAUGCCCCCGGUCCUGCGGCAGAGGCACCGGCGUGCCCAUCCCCAGGCGGUGGGCAGGAGCCGUGCCAGCUCGGCGGUGGCACAGACAAGCACAGCGACUCGGAGGAGAGCGUGGAGGUGAUGGACGUCAAGCCAAAGGUGGCCAAAACUCAGGUGGGGCUGGAUCCGGCCCUCGACGUGGCAUCAAGCAGCUGCACCGGGGACGGCGGUUCCCCCUCUGGCUCCCCAGCCGAGGAGCAAGGCUGUCCCGGGACGCCGGAGCAGGACACGAGCCAGGACGCGAGCUGGGAUCCCCCACCAGCAGCAACCCCCCCCCAGGACCCCACCGAGACCCUCACCUCCCUGUGAGCCCGGCGCCCGGCACGGAAAAUGGGCAUCUUAUGGUGCCGCCGGCCGAUAACUUUGUUUCACCGUAACCGUAACGCGCUUCCCACCCCCCAUCCUGUCUGAAAUAAAGGCAGA